GAGGGAAGUUCUGCUGUGGAAUUGCAAGGAGUAUCCACAAACAAGAUUACAUCCAAUCACAGCUCACCACCUUCAUUACACUCAUUUUUGUUUUUCAGCAAAUUCAUUGCUUCAACCUCUGUUUGCUGUUUACUCUCUUUUCAUCUUCCUAUAUUAUUAGCCAUAGCCUUUUUUCAAUUUGGAGCUUCCUAUUCCUUUUUUGUGCUAAGUUGCUUUUCUUUACUGUUAUUGUUUUCUUCACCCUUUUUUUCCCAGCAAAAGGGUGAAAGAACAGUUUUUUUUUUUUCUUUCUAUAUAUUUUUUUGAAUGAAUUUUUCUGUACCAUUCUCACUUGUUCAUAAAUUCAGAAUCUUUCUGCUGUUUUCCUAAUUGGGUUUGCAACUUUCAUUGCUUUGUGUUCAUACCCUUUUGCCUUUCCUUGGCUUCUGAUUGGUUUCCCAAUUGGGAUAUAAGCUCAAACUGAAACUGCAGCAGAAUUUGAAAAAAAAAAAUUCACUUUUUUUGUUUUUAUUUCUCACAAAAUUAGUUCUUUUUUUGGGUAUUAUUUUUACUCUUUAUGAUGAACCAUAUGAGCUGAUUUUAGAUUUAGUCCCUUUCUGAUUUUUGUUUCUUUCUGGGUUUUGAGCUAUCUAAUUCUCAGUUUCAAUUUAGUUUUAGAGAGGGAAUUAGAUCUCAUAAGUGGUUCAUGGGUUAUCCUAUUUAGACCAAUUAGAUAACAGAUAAGAGUCUUCAACAUCAAUUUGGAGCAUUCUCUUUAAUAUUUUUGGUUUUUUAAAAUAAAGUUGGUCUUUUCUAGAUUCCUGAGGAGCCUCAACUCAAUGUUAUAAAAAAGAGAAAAAGUACUAUUCUGAUUCUUUUUUUUUUUUUUUUCAAAAAAGAAACAAAUGCUUGUGGAUUUUUAUCCCUGAUAUUUUUAUCCCUUUUCUGUUCCUCUAAAAUUCCAUCACACAUUGAAUUUGCUCAAACUUUGAUACUUUAUGCAUCACUAGUGUUUUCAUGCAUGUAAGCUGUUUGAUGAUUUGAUGAAGUGGGAAAUGGAAAUAUUGUCUCCAACUACAACACCUUAUAAUCCAAAUUCCAACCUCAGCAACACCAACAACACCUUCAAUUGGCUUCUUGGAGAUGGAAGGAGCGCAAGAUGGACACCGGAAGAGAACAAACUCUUCGAAAAUGCGCUGGCCGUUCACGACAAGGACACGCCGGACCGGUGGCACCAGGUGGCUGCAAUGAUACCUGGGAAGACAGUUGGAGAUGUUAUCAAGCAAUACAAGGAAUUAGAAGUUGAUGUGUGUAACAUUGAGGCUGGUUUGAUCCCGGUUCCGGGGUAUAGUACUACUUCACCAUUUACCUUAGAAUGGGUGAAUUCUCAAGGGUAUGAUGAUGGAUUUAAAGGACUAAGUGGAAAGAGACCUUCUUCUUGCUCAGUGAAGCCACCUGAGCAAGAAAGGAAGAAAGGAGUGCCAUGGACUGAAGAAGAACAUAAAUUGUUCUUGCUUGGUUUGAAGAAGUAUGGGAAAGGUGACUGGAGAAACAUUUCGCGAAAUUUCGUGAUAACAAGAACACCAACACAGGUUGCAAGCCAUGCUCAGAAGUACUUCAUAAGGCAACUUUCCGGAGGCAAAGACAAAAGGAGAGCAAGCAUCCAUGACAUAACAACAGUUAAUGUCACUGAAACCGGAACAUCUUCUUCAGAAGACACCAAAAGUUCUAUGAUGCUCUCACAGCAGCAGCAGCAACAAAAUUCUAGUUCUGCUGCAACUAUACCAAGAACUCAUCAUUUUCAGUGGAAUAAUCAACAACCAAAUAAUGCAGCAGGAGGAGUAGCUAUGGAAAAAGUUUUCAAUUCUCCUUAUGGUGUUAACUCAUUUGGGGUUACAAUAAUGGAAGGGCAAAAUCUGAACAAGAGUGUUGAAUCUUCUUCAUCUUCUUCUUACUUAGGACCUCAGACACAGAACCUGGUUUUUCAAAUGCAACAACAAUCCUCACAACAACAACAACACUAUUCCCAUGCAUAAAUUGGCCUCUUUUGCAUUUGGCAAUUAUAUGGAUGGCUUGGAACCAAUAAAUAUUUCUUGCUUUAUCAGAUCAGAUCUUUAAUUUUCUUUUCCCAAUGUGAAUAUCUUGGUUUGGAGUAUUGGUUUAGAAUUUAGAUCUUGAUCUAUGAACUUUGACAUUUGUUUAAUUUACUUCAACAAAAUAUUUAAGUCC